UCUUGUCUUACCCUUUGGUUUCAAAUUCUAUCCACCGUGAAAUCAAUCAAUCCACAAACAAGAAACCAUCCUCUCUAAAUAAACCCUAAAUUCACCGUUUAAAGCUCUCCCUUCUCCCUAUCCACUUCCAUUGUUCUUCGUUAACCAAUUGCAUCUUUAUACCUUCUCGCUCGCACGCUCAUGAUUUCGUUUACCCAGGUCCUGUUGAGUAAAUGAUCCGGUGCUUAGGCUCCAGAAAAUGGUGUUGGUAACCCAUCAGUUGCAGGGUUCAUGUGUAGCUUUUCCUACGAAGCGUUUAGCAUGGAGCAAAGGGUUAAUAUUGAGGCGACAUGUAACAACAGUUCACAUGGUUGGGAAAACAGAGAGAGUUUCACCAUUAAAAUAUAAUUUUUCUUUAAGUAUAGGGGCUCCUUGUGUGCGUGGAGUAAAAGUAAAACCUGUAAAAAUUUCUGCCUUCAAGGGCACUGCCCAAAAUGAUGAAUCAGGAGGCAGGGCAAGUGAAUCAAAGAUUCAUAAAAAUUCUGUUAAACUUUCUUAUAUCCCAAAAGAGAGUGAGGAGACUGUAGUAGAAUCUUCAAAGGCACAUAAUGUUCCACUGCCAUAUGCCUCUGAAACUAAAGAGACUAUUGCAGGGUCCCCUGCUAUUCAGAGACUAUUCAAGAAAUGGUUGACAAAGUUGCAGACACAAUCUCCGUGUCAAGAGGUAGAUGAGGUUUUGGGAGAAAGGCCACCUCCAAAGGAGGUAUCUGAAACUAAUAUUGAGAUGCAGAACAGUGGAAGAGGUGAGACUUUAAAGGCGGUUUGGGGCCACUUUUGGGAUCUGGAUGCAACAGUAAAGAUACCUUUACUGAUCUUUGUCCCUUGGUACCUGGCAGUUAAUGUUGUUUAUGGGGCUCAAGUUUCAAAGGAGUUGAUUCCUUUAUGGGUGCUUGGGCCCAUAAUUAUUGCUUUGUACAUCAAGAUGCUCCGAUGGUUGUUUGGACUUUAUGUCUACUGCUUCAAGCAGACGGUUAAAGUAGUUAAGAAUUUGCCCACUUACUAUGGGGUGGCCUCUAAUUAUAUUUUCCAGGGGAAGCUUAAAGAAGAUUUUCGAGCUUGUGCCUGGCAACCUGUGGUGGACUUUAAGAACACAGAUUUUGAAGAGCUGACUAGAAGAAAUCUGAAAGUAAUGCAAGAAUGGAUGAUGGAGAAAUAUCUGGACUAUGUGGAAUCAAUAUGGCCCUUGUAUUGUAGAACCAUUAGGUUUCUAAAGAGGGCUAAUCUGAUAUAGAAUUGAUUGCUUUGAGAGAAGUCUUAGCCGAGUAGUAAGAUUGCAAUUAGAGUUUUCUUUCUGAAAAUGUGCCCAUCCCAAGUUGAAAAUUUAGAAAGAGAGCUACCAAACCCCAUUUUAGGAGGGGGAAGUGGGAGGUUUGUGGGUCAUUUAAAUCACAGUCGGCAAGUCAUGAUUAGGAAAGGCAAAUUGUCCAAUUUGUGUAAUUUUUUUGUAAGGUGAUGUUUGAUUAUUCUUGCUUGAGGAGCUUACUAUACAUUUCUUUUCCUCUUCAGUGGUAAACUGAGUUUCUAUAAUUAAAUGAGGUUUUAUUCAGUUCA